UAACAAUCUACAAGACAAGCAUUAAAAAACUCUUGAUUAACAAUGGCCGCUGAACCAUCCUUAAAGUUAAAAAUAAAGCUGCCAACGCGUGUGCAGCCAGAAGUGUUGCCAUCUUCAGAAGAAAUUGGCGUCUACACCAAUAAGAUACAUUACUUGCGUAAGUAUCUGCUAGACGAGCUGGUCAUGAAGAAGUUCGCCAUGGACUUUAUGGAGCCGGUGGAUACGGCCGUGCUAAAAGUGCCCAUGUACUAUACGAUCAUCAAGAAGCCUAUGGAUGUGGGGACUAUUAUAAAGCGUGUGCAGAAUAGAUAUUAUCAUGGCGUGGAUGAGCUCAUCCAUGACUUUCGCUUGGUUAUCAGCAACUGUUUUACGUUCAAUAGACCAGGCGAAGUGGUCUAUCGCAAUUGCCAAAAGUUGGAGAAGUUCUUUUAUAGAGUACUCAAUAAAAUGCCGCGUGGCGAGGAGAAGCCAAGCACCAAGGAUCCAUUGGCUUCGGGCCGCAUAAAUCGGUCGGAGCGCGCCUCGGAGCUUGUACAGCGCCAGUGUCGGGAGCAACUACAGAAACUAUUCUACAACAGCUCCACUGAGGAGGAUCCCAGUCUGCGCAAGUUUCUCUGCGCCAAGUGGGAGAUCCUCUCCCAAAAAGUGGAAAAUCAUUAUUUUAAAACUGUGGAGGAGUUUCGUUUCGAAGUCGACGGCAUCUUCCUAAGCAUUGACAAGCAACUCAAGAUGUUUCACACAGUCUACACCGAUGAAGACAGCUUCGUGGAGCCAAUAGAGCGCUCAACGCUACAAAAAGAAGAUAUUAACGUUGUGAUUAAUGCGCUCAAGAAGGCUGAGACUAGCGUGGAACAAUUCGCUAAGCAUCACACUAGAGAGCGAGAAAUGCGCGCUAUUGAAUUUAUUGAUGCAUAUGCAGACAGCGCUGAUACUCUCAAGCGUAAAAUUAUGCAGUCGCGUUUGGAAGGAGAUUGUGGGAAUAUGGAGUCUGUGGAAGAGAAAAGCUCUGACUUAAUGGAGCAGCAGAAAGCACUAGCUGAGGAGCAAGAGCUAGAGAUGCGGGAUGGGGAAGAUGAGCAGGAUUAUGAAGAAGACGGGUCAGAUGAUGAGGAAGAUGGCCAGGAUUAUGAGAAAGAUGGGUCAGAUGAUGAGGAGGACGGGCAAGAUGAUGAAGAAGAUGGGCAGAUGGAUGAGGAAGACGGCCAGCAUGAUGAGGAAGGUGCGCAGAUUGAAGAGGAAGAUGGGCAGGAUUAUGAGGACGAUGCGCAGAUUGAUGAUGAAGAUGGGCAGGAUUAUGAGAAAAAUGCGCUGGUGGAUGAAGAAGAUGAGGAGGUUGAUGAGGAGGUUGAUGCGGAGGUUGAUGAUGAAUAUGCCCAGAUUGAAGAGGAAGAUGGGCAGGAUUAUGAGGACGAUGGGCAGAUUGAUGAUGAAGAUGAGCAGGAUUAUGAGGAAGAUGCGCAAACUGAUGAGGAAGAUGCACAGAUUGAAGAGGAAGAUGGGCAGGAUUAUGAGGACGAUGGGCAGAUUGAUAAGCAAGAUCAGCAGGAAUAUGAGGAAGAUGUGCAGAUUGAGGAUGAAGAUGCGCAGAUUGAAGAGGAAGAUGGGCUGGAUUAUGGGGAAGGUGCCCAGAUUGAUGACGAUGACGAAGAUGGGCAGGAUGAUGAGCAAGGUACGCAGACUGAUGAUGAGGAAGAUGAGCAGAGCUAUGUGGAAGUUAUGCAGCUUUAUGAGGAAGAUGCGCAGACUGAAGAGGAAGAUGGGCAGGAUUAUGAGCAAGAUGUGCAGAUUGAUGAGGAGGAUGCUCAGGUUGAUGAGCAAGUAUAUAAGGAACUUGAGCACAAGGAAGCGGCACAUCAAGAGGAAGACAAUGAAUUUGAUAUAAGCGUUGAGCUGGAAGACUAUGCAAUAGAAGCAGAAACAGGUGAGCAACAGGUGCUUGAGCUGGGUCUGGAUCCAAAUGGAGACCUUUACUACUAUGGAUAUGGGAUGUGGGAUGGCCAGACAUUGGAAAUGGAAGCAAAUAACAGCUCAGACUCCGAACUCGACAGCGACAUUUACUACUAUGAUGAUGCGCGCGUUGAUGAGACAGAAGCAGAAACAGGUGAUCAGCAGGAGUUCGAUUCUGAGCUGGAGCCAAGUCAAGACUUUUACUACUAUGCUGAUGUAAGCGUUGAGCAGGAAGAUGAUGAGACAGAAGCAGAAACAAGCGAGCUUGAGUCAAAUGAAGACCAUUACUACUAUGCUCUGAGGGAUUGCCAGACAGUGGAAAUCAUAGGAAAUAACAGCUCAGCCGCUGAAAUCGAAAGCGAUAAUAUAAAUGACAGCGCGAUUGAGCUUUAACUAAUGCACCUGAAAAUGAUUCGAUGCUCUGGGUGGACCUGCAAAUUAGUAACAGCGAAGAAAGCGAAGACGACAACUUGUAAUAUUUUUAAAACAAUUAUCAAA